AUUCUCUCAGAAAUCAUCAAGGUAGUGCUAUCAAAGUAGUGUCCAUAAGAAUAUAUUUUCUGCUCCCUUGCAUCAUUGAUCAUUGUUAUCAAAGGUUGUAGGAAAACAAUUGAAACAUGAGCAUGGAGAGGAAAGGAUCGAAGCCUAAUGAUGGUGAGCCUGUGGCAGACCUCACAGAGUUCAUGAAUGACUGGUUCUUUGGAAGUGUUAGAACCAACCAGAGAGCAUAUAAUUUGACAGGGGCAAGAGUAAAGAAGAAGGAAGAAGUUGUCCAUGGCAAGAGCAGCACAAGCAGGUUAACGCAAGAAUGGCUUGUAGAAGCCAAGAUGAUGGUUGCCGGUUCGCCGCCGAGACCCGGGUCGCCGUCGAGACCCAGGGCUUCUCCAAGGUUUGCUGCCUUACAGACCAGAGAACCUAGUGCUUUGCUUGAUAGAAGGGAUCCACUCUCACGAUCAGCAAGAAGGCACAGAUCGACGGAGGGCAUCGGCGACGAGAUCCUGCAGCGAACUUCCGCCCGCCACAGCCGAAACAAGUCCGAGAGCUUUUCCUCCUUCGACUCCUCCGAGCCCCAAUCGCCCGCCUCCGCCCCCCAUCACAGGUUCUCCAACUUCCUCAUACCCCCCACCUCCGCCGCCGCCGCCGCCACCGACGGCCCCCACUCCCAACCCCUCUCCGACGACCCUCGCGACCGCCAGCCCCCGGUUCUCCUCCCGAAGCAGCCCCUCCACCGCAAGUCCCGCUUCCAUGAGAAGCCGCCGGAGCCCCACCCCACCGCCAGCCCCCGCCGGAGCUUCCGAAAACCUCCGCCGGUGCCGCCACCGGCUGCGGCGGAGCCCAACGAGCAAGGUCUCCUGCUGUCGCCGCCCAGGAAUUUGGUGGUUUCGGCCCAUCGGCGGUCGGUGUCGUCGUCCACGUGUUCGCUGGAUAAGCUCUCCCGAGUGGACGGUUUUGGUCAUGGGCGGUCGGUCUCCUGCUCGUCAGAGGCCGGAGAGCGGCAGUCGGUCCACUGCUCGUCGGAGGCCGGAGAGCGGCGAUCGAUGGCGGAGGAGGAUGCGAAGCAGCUGAAUGAGUUCCUUAGGAGGCAGAGAGCCAUGAUCGCGAAGAUCUCUCGCGGGGAGCUGUCCGCCGAGGCCCUGAUCAUACUCUCCGGAUCCUCAAACAGCACAAGUUCAAUGGUGGCAGCCAUUUGCUAUGCAUGGCUACUUGAGAACAGGGAGAAGGAGCAGGGUGGCAGUGGAGUGGUGGCACCAGUGGUUAGCAUGAAGAGAGGGAGGAUGCUCAAGCAAAAGCAAGCUGCCUGGCUCUUUUUUCACUUGGGGAUUGAUGCAUCUGCCUUGCUCUUCUCUGAUGAGGUGGAUCUGGAUGGUCUAAUGAUGGCCAGACAAUUAAGCAUACUUGUCAUCGGGAAAGAUGUUCUGGAAACUAAUAGUGAGGUGGGAUCACAAUGUACAGUUCUCACAGAUAAUUACUGUGAAGAAGCCUAUGAUCUGCUUGAGACACCAAAUUUGAAAAAACUUUUGCUGGCAGGUAUUCUUUUGGAUACACAAAAUCUGAACAGUGCUGCUAAAUUCUUUACAAAUAGGGAUGCAGAGGCGGUACAGUUGCUUCUGGUUGGCUCUGCUCCAAGCCAGAGACAUGAACUAUUUGAGCAAUUGAUGCAAGAUCAUGGGGAAAGUACAUUUCUUGAAGCUUUGAGGCAAAAUUAUGGGAAGCCUUCUAAUGAGGAUAAUUAUGGAAGUGGAGAAACUCAUGAACAAAGGACCUCAACAACGAAGUCAGCAUCCAUUUCUCCUCAAGAAGUUAAUAUACCAAGAGUGGGAAAGCAAAGGCCAGGAGCUCCAGUACCAGCGCCAGCACCAGCACCAAAACCAGCACCGGCCCUCGCUCCAGUGAAGGCACAGGAAAUAGCUUCUCGUGGGAAGAACAAAUUCUUUUUGGCGAAAUGGUUUGGCUUCGGUUCAAAAUGAUUCUUAUUCUUUCCACUGCCUGCUGACCAUUGAAAUCCAAAACUUGUAGAGAUAAGAAAGCUGAGCUUUUGACAUCGAAAUUGCCAAAGUCCAUGGUAGAGGUUAUUAAUGUGACAAUCCAUUCAAUGCUGUAUGUUGGGCAAAUCUACUUAAUAGUCUUGUGGCUGACUUUCAUAGUUCGUUAUAAUUUUUAAGCCCUAUAAUUAUGCCUGUUCUUGCUA